AUGGCGCAAUUCUUCGACUUCGGCGAAGCAGCUAUGUCCGAUUCGCACCAACAGGCCGGCCAAGAUGCUUCAGCGAUCCAGACAAGCGAAAGUCAACUCCUUGACGCUCUCCUUAAAACCGACAACCCCCAGGCCGAAGAGUUCAACACAGACUUCUCCAGCUGGCUUCCAGGAUACCAGAAGCCUACCAACCCCUGCGAGUACUGUCGAUCCAAGUCACUUGAGUGCUUCAUUUACAAUGCCAACGGUGAUGGGGCACCGGGCUGCUCGCCUUGCAGGAAUCUAUUCAGGCCAUGCAGCUUCUCGAACCCUGAGUUGAUGCCUUACCGAACUCAAAGGACCGCCUUGGAUACCCUAGAUGUUGUGGGUGAAGAUGAUGUUCACCAGAUUGGUGGCCUUACUCGUAGAAAGCAAUUGAGGUCGAAGGGCCACAUUGGACCCAUCGAUGAUGAGAGCGGAGACCUCGGCCCUAAGAAGGGUGCUGCUGCUGCUCGAUUCCCGCGAGCGGCUGUCAAGGUCCUCAAAGACUGGAUGGUCGAACACCGUGAUCGUCCGUAUCCGACUGAAGACGAGAAGGAGGUAUUGGGUCAGCGAACCGGCCUUUCAUUAGGUCAAAUUUCGAACUGGAUGGCGAACACUCGGCGAAGGCAGAAGGCGAGACCAAAGCGAAGCUCGUCACCCAGUAUUCGACCAAACACACAAGCCCUCAAUAUUCCUGCAGGCAGGACUUGGGAGUCUCUGAGUAAGUAUACCCUCACUGAACCUAGUCAACUGCAAGCCUCGACAAUGACUACUGGUCGGUUCUUCAAGUUUCGUGUCAAUGAGCUGCGUCGAAAGAAUCCCUUCGAAAGAUGGAAGCACUCUCCCCCCGAAAACGAACCUGCUCCCCUGACGGCUAUUGCCCAAGCCGUGGAAACCUUUGACCCGCCUGAGAACACUAGUACCAGCAGCAGUUAUCAGCACCUCUCGUCAAACAAAAGUACAGACAGCUUCUCGGUCUUUAGGGCACCUUCCCUGUCGUCCUUGGAGACUGGCUUUACAAACAUGUCAUCUGGGUCUUUUGGCUCUCAUAAUACCGCCCACUCACACGGCUCGAGGCACUCUCUCAGUUCGAUUAACAGCUUGAAAUCGAAAGAGAGGCGCCGGCGCCGGCGCAUCCCGACUCGGGCGCCCAAGGACGCGGAAAAGGAUGUUCCUCGUCUCUUCCAAUGCACGUUCUGUACCGAUCGGUUCAAGUCCAAGUAUGACUGGUCGCGACACGAGAAGAGCCUCCACUUGUCGCUCGAGAAGUGGAUUUGUGCGCCCUUGGGUGAGAUCGUUGCUGACACUACAUCCGGAAAGAGCAAGUGUGUCUAUUGUGGUGAGCUCGAGCCGACCAAGGACCAUCUCGCAACUCACAACCACUCCUCGUGUGAAGAGAAGGGAUUGGAGUCUCGCACAUUUUACCGAAAGGACCACCUGCGGCAGCAUCUGCGACUGAUGCACGAUGUUAAGAUGACACCAGCUAUGGACUCAUGGAAGUCUGAGGCACAGUACAUCAAAUCUAGGUGCGGCUUCUGCGCUAUGGGGUUCGACAAGUGGCAAGACCGAGUCGAUCACCUGUCGAAGGAGUUCCGCAGCGGCGCUGACAUGAAGGACUGGAAGGGCUGUCGUGGUUUUGACGCUUCAGUGGCUAUCCACGUCACCAAUGCCAUGCCUCCGUACCUCAUUGCGAACGAGAGCAAGUCUCCAUUCCCAUUCUCGGCGACCGACAACAACAGUUGCAAUAACAUGACAGUUCUGCUCGAAAGCCAAGACUUGGAGUACCUGCUGCCCAAUACAACGAACCUAUCAGAUACCUACCAGGGUGGUGGUCAGAACGCAGACCCUAUCGUACGUCGGAACACUACGACUCAGAACUAUUCGUCUUCCAAGUCGCCAGAUGGCCAUCCUCGUGCUACUUGCUGGGAAUUUCUGACACUGCGCCUGGGCCGAUUCGCUCGUCAAUACAUCGAGAAGUACGGAGCACGGACAAUCAGCGACGAGAUGCUACAAAAAGAGGCUAGAAUCAUUCUAUAUGGCGAGCCAGAUGACCCGUGGCACCAGACAGCAGCCGAUAACCCAGAGUGGCUGAGUUUGUUCAAGAAAGCCCAUGGCAUCGACCACAGCAUCCAAGUUCCAGGCAUCCACUCAGAGCACGAGAUCUACGAAGAUCUUGGUCUCAACACCGCCGCUCAAUUCGACCCCAGCUUCAAUGUCAACAACGUACACGCGUUCAAUGUCCUGAAACUUUCAGUUGACGAUCCCACCCGUGCGGCACAUUUCGAAUGUUCCCUCUCCGGCACAACAGCUAUGUACGAGCUCGCGCGCCACAUUUCCUCCACACAAUCACUCAGCAAUCCCGGCCUGACUGUAUCCACAUCUGCCUCUCCUACGACUACCGCUUCCCGCCGUGCCUCUGCGAUGGCUAUGGCGCCCAUCACCGAGCUGAUCUGCACAACGACUGAUCUGGACAUGAGCAAGGCCAUGGACAACUUCCACCUGCCCAGCUGGGACCAGCUACCGUCCGAGUUCCAGGACCCGGCCGCGAGCUCCGCCUUCGAGUCCACAAUCCCGCUGGACGCGACCACGAGCGCGAUGGGUGUCGCUUCGAGUCUUGCGUUGGCGCCGACUAUGACAUGGGAUGACCAUGAGCUUAGCUUCGAUAUGGAUAUGGAUUUGGAUUUUGCAACGGAGUUGGCCAACGCGGGGAUGUCGUGA